AUGGAUCUUGAUUGUGGCAAGUGCUGGGGCUCUUCAAAGAAAGAGUCUUGGAAGACAAUUUGGAUUCUAGCUUAUCAAAGCCUCGGUGUGGUGUACGGAGACUUGAGCAUAUCUCCUCUCUAUGUCUAUAAAAGCGCAUUUGCUGAAGAUAUUCAACAUUCAGAUACCAAUGAAGAGAUAUACGGCGUUCUCUCUUUUGUUUUCUGGACCCUCACUUUGCUUCCCCUUUUCAAGUAUGUCUUUAUUGUUCUUCGGGCAGACGAUAAUGGGGAAGGUGGAACAUUUGCCCUCUAUUCAUUGAUAUGCCGGCAUGUGAGAGUGAGCCUUCUGCCGAACCGGCAGGCUGCCGAUGAAGCGGUCUCUACCUAUAAAUUGGAGCACCAUCCCGAGACCAGAAACAGCUUGAAGAUGAAAUCGUUGCUUGAGAAGCACAAGGCCUUACACACUGCUUUGUUGAUACUGGUCCUUUUGGGAACUUGCAUGGUAAUUGGAGAUGGAGUGCUCACUCCUGCAAUUUCUGUUUUCUCCGCUGUUUCUGGCCUUGAGUUUUCCAUGUCUAAGGCACAUCACGAAUAUGCAGUGAUCCCAAUCACUUGCGUCAUACUUCUGUGCCUAUUUGCGCUGCAACAUUAUGGGACGCAUCGAAUUGGAUUCUUCUUUGCGCCAAUUGUUUUGAUUUGGCUACUUUGCAUCAGUGCCCUCGGCUUGUAUAACAUUUUCAAGUGGAACCCAGAAGUCUACAAGGCACUUUCACCUUAUUACAUGUUCAGUUUCUUGAGGAAGACGAGAAUGGGUGGAUGGAUGUCUUUGGGAGGCAUCUUACUGUGCAUAACAGGUUCAGAGGCAAUGUUCGCUGAUCUUGGACACUUCUCCUACACAGCAAUUCAGAUUGCUUUCACAUUUCUAGUUUAUCCAGCUCUCAUAUUGGCCUAUAUGGGCCAAGCUGCUUUCCUGUCGAAGCAUCACCAUAACAGCAACCAAAUUAGCUUCUAUAUUGCAGUUCCUGGAAGUGUCAGAUGGCCAGUACUUAUAGUUGCUAUUCUUGCUUCUGUUGUUGGAAGCCAAGCCAUCAUCAGUGGAACAUUCUCCAUCAUAAACCAGAGUCAAUCACUCAGUUGCUUCCCAAGAGUUAAGGUGGUUCAUACAUCAGCUAAGAUUCAUGGGCAGAUCUACAUUCCAGAGAUCAAUUGGAUUCUCAUGAUUCUCUGCAUCGCUGUGACCAUCGGCUUUAGAGACAUAAAACACAUGGGAAAUGCCUCAGGCCUGGCAGUUAUGGCGGUGAUGUUAGUGACCACAUGCCUCACUUCUUUGGUCAUCAUCCUUUGCUGGCACAAACCUCCAAUCGUUGCUCUGUCCUUCUUACUGUUUUUCGGCUCAAUCGAAUUACUCUACUUCUCAGCAUCACUCACCAAAUUCACCGAAGGUGCUUGGCUUCCCAUUCUUCUAGCCCUUUUCCUGAUGACCAUCAUGUUAGUCUGGCAUUAUGCCACUGUCAAGAAGUAUGAAUAUGACGUCCACAACAAAGUCUCUUUGGAAUGGCUCUUAGCGUUGGGUCCGAGUUUGGGAAUUGCUCGAGUCCCGGGCAUCGGAGUUGUCUUCACUGAUCUCACUUCUGGAAUCCCAGCUAACUUCUCCCGAUUUGUCACCAAUCUCCCUGCAUUCCACCGCAUCCUUGUAUUUGUCUGCAUAAAAUCAGUCCCUGUCCCGCAUGUGCCCCCAGCCGAACGCUAUCUAGUUGGCCGUGUGGGCCCUGUAGCUCAUGGGUCUUACAGGUGCAUCGUUCGGUAUGGAUAUCGCGAUGUCCACCAGGACGUGGAUUCCUUUGAGUCCGAGCUCGUUGACCGGCUGACGGAAUUCAUCUGCUAUGAUUGGAAUCACGCCGGCGAGCGUACUAACUCGUGGGGUGAGGAUGACGGGCUUCACUCAAAUGCUUCGUCGAGCGAGUGCAGAUUGACAGUGAUCGGAAUGGCAGCAGCUCUCUCCAGCGCGCCAAAUUAUGAGUUUGAUGGGACCCUGGAACCAGCAAGCGUGUCUGUUGGGUUUCCGAGCACAGGGAGCGGUGGAGUAGCUGAUGAAGUCCAAAUGGAGCCCAUCAAUGUCAGGCAAAGAAGAGUGAGGUUUGCAGUCGACAAUGACAACGCGUCGGAAAACAUUGCCCGACCAGAGAUGGAACACGAUUCACCCAUGCAGGGAGAGCUACGGGACUUGGCAGAGGCUCAAGAGGCCGGGACGGCAUUCAUACUCGGGCACUCCCACGUCCGGGCGAAGCCAGGAUCGUCGAUCCUGAAGAGGCUGGCCAUCAACAUCGGGUACAACUUCCUCAGGAGCAACUGUAGAGGAACGGACGUGGUGCUAAAAGUGCCUCCGGCGUCCCUUCUGGAGGUUGGCAUGGUUUAUGUAGUGUAAAAACCACUCCAAGCUGGUAUGGUGUAGUUUUUAGUCUCUUUAUUCUAAUACAGAGGAAGACGGGACGAGCGUAUGGAUCAUCUCUGCAAAACUGUUGUCACUUCCAUUGACAGAAGGUUCAGAUGGAAUGUUCAGAGAGAAAAAUUUGUGCAGUAAUUGUAAGUAGGAAUUGGGAAGCCUCUCUCUCCCUCUCUGAUGUAGGAUCUUAUAGAUUUGAUUAGGUUGGAACGUUUGGAGAAUCGCAUGACAUAUUUCAUAUGGUUUUUAGGGUCAGAACAAUUUGGACAUGACCUGCUCUUGGCAUGCGCUUCAUGGCGUUAUCUAUUUGACAUUAGUGCAUGACAUUGAAUUC